CAGACGGAAGGGGCGGGGCGGCGGUUGCCAGAGAAGCUACACGCUAGUUACUAGCUUUGCUUUGGUCCCAUUGCAUCUAAGCCGGUACUCUUCCACCCCAUGCAUUUCUAGGAAUUCGCUUGCUUCCGCCCCAGGUCCCUAGCCUUCCUUUCUAGCUUUCAUCCACUGCACAGCCCGCGGCCUCCCGCUCCCUCCUACCUGACCCAGGGCUGGAGAUCACAGCCCGUGUGGAGAGGUUGUUGUGGAAGCCACCGUAGUCCAUCGACCGGAUUCAUGGAGGAGCCUGCCAGCGGUGGAGGUCGUUCGGAAGAACUGUUCUCCCAUUUGAGGAGCAGAUCAGAGAGAGAGCCACAGUGUGCCAGUGAAAGUCAUCUCAGCUGUGUAAAACAGGGCAUCCUAAAUGAAAAGGCUGAGUUGGAAGCAACGUUUAAGGAAGCCGAGUUGGCAGCCUUUUCUGUGGAAUUACUUUUACCAUUAUUUAAGGACGCCAUUGAAGAAAUUAGUUUUGAAAAUUUCUUUACUUCAGAGAUCGUUUCAGGCAUGCACUUGGUAAGAGGCCGAGCUAGAAACUGUACCUCAGUGCUUAACUUACAUGGAGUUGAAUUAGCUGAUGUUUCUCCAUCCAGUUUGAAGAAGAUUUUUAAACAGAAGGAAAUAUUAACAAAAGAAUUAGAUACAUUUAAACAUGUAAAACAAGCUUUAGAGCAUCUUUUUAGAAAGCCAGAAUACCAACAAAUCGAUGACACAGAUUUAUCCAGCAUGUUAGAGAAGCUAACUGAUAAUGAAAGUGAAAAUACGGAUCUUAAGAAGAAGGUAGUUGAAAAGGAGGCCUAUAUCCAAGAACUUGCUGGUUUGUUUCAGACUGAAAAGGCAAAUGCUUUGAAAGCCAACCGUUUUGCACGAUCAGUUAAAGUUGUACAUGAACGACUACAACUCCAAAUCCAUAAAAAGGAAGAGGAAAAUGAUAAAUUAAAAGAAUAUAUAAAGAGCUUAGAGACCAAAAUAUCCCAAUGGAACUUGCAGUUGAAAAAGAAUAAGCAUGAGACUGUAGCAAUGAAAGAAUUGAGUAGGCGAAAAACAAUCGCCCUGAAAAAGGCAUCCAAAGUUUACAAGCAACGGCUUGAACAUUUUACAGGAGACAUUGAAAACCUUACGUCCCAGAUUCGAGAUCAGGAAGCCAAGUUGUCUGAAGCAAUUUCAGCUUCCAAUGCCUGGAAAAGUCAUUAUGAGAAAAUUGUAAUAGAAAAAACUGAAUUGGAAGUUCAGAUUGAGACAAUGAAAAAGCAAAUCAAUAAUCUUUUGGAAGACCUGAAGAAAAUGGAGGACAAUGGAAAAAAUUCAUGUGAAGAGAUUCUUAGAAAACUUCAGUCAAUUGAAUAUGAAAGUGAAAGUCUGAAUCUUGAAAAUACAAAAUUAAAGACGACACUUGCUACUUUGAAGGAUGAGGUUGUCUCUGUUGAAAAGGAGCUCUUAGAAUUGCAAGAGGUAGAAAAACAACAGAAGACACUUAUUGACGUGUAUAAAACUCAGAUACAGAAGUUGCAAGAAGCAGCUGAAAUGGUGAAAAGUAGAUGUGAAAAUUUGCUAAGUGAAAAUAACCUAAUAACAAAAAACAAAAAUAAAAAAUUAGAGAAGAUAAGAGGCCAGAUGGAGUCUCAUCUGAAGGAGGUAGAGCGCAUCCGCGAGUCCUUGACGGCGGCCGAACGGAGGCUUCGGGAGUGUCAGGAGAGGCUGCAGCACCACAAGGGCAGAUGUGCAGACCAGGCCCACACCCUUAGGGAGCUGCAGGGCCAGUUUGAUGGAAAUCACAACCUUCUGACAAAGCUUUCUCUGGAGGAAGAAAAUUAUCUUAUUCAGUUGAAAUGUGAAAACCUUAAACAAAAAUUAGAACAGAUGGAUGCAGAAAAUAAAGAGCUUGAAAAGAAGCUGGAGAACCAAGAAGAAUGUCUUAAGCAGAGCAACCUUCAGUUUAAAGAGAAGUCUGCGGAAUGCACAGCACUGGCUAGACAGCUGGAGGCCACUUUAGAAGAAGGGAGACAAAAGGUUUCUGAAGAAGUACAGAAAAUGUCAUCUAGAGAGAGGGCUUUACAAAUUAAAAUACUAGAUCUGGAAACUAAGCUUAGAAAGAAAAUUGAAGAGCAAAAUCAACUUGUUUGCAAAAUAAACAGUGAGCUGGAGACUCCACGAAAACAAAUUUUUCAUUUCCAAGUGUGUGAAAAAUUGAAAAUCUGAAAGAAAGCACAACAUCAGGAAGUAUGUUUAAAAGAAAUACAACAUUGUCUUGAAAAGUCGGAGAAUCAAAGUGAGAG